UACUAGAAGUUCAUAUUAGCCCAGACUCUGCCUGCCAUUUUGUAAGAUAGAAGGGUGAUAAUAAAAAGUUUUAUGGUUUUAAAAUUUUUAAAAAGCUUAUUUGCUAAUUUUAUUAGGGCCCAUAACAAAUGUUUAAAUGGACGCUACGUCCAUAAUAACUCAGGUGUCACGGGAUGACGAGCAGUUAAACAACUAUGGAUCUGAAAGAGGAGCUACUACUGACGGGCAGCAUGAGGGAGAUGGAACACCAGUAUCAGGUUCCACUCCUAUUGGGACGAAGAAGUCAAGUGGUACGGGUGGAUUCCUCCGAUCGUUAUUGUGUUGUUGGCGUGGUGGUCGAGGAAAGGGCCCACCUAGUGGAAAUGGCACAAAUAGUAUUGAUGGCAGGGCUUCCCCUCCACUCCUUGUUAUGUCAGACCAUGCACCGAGACCGUUACUUCCACCUGUGAGACAUCAGGACAUGCACAAAAAAUGUAUGGUGAUAGAUCUUGACGAAACAUUAGUCCACAGUUCUUUUAAGCCAAUAAAUAACGCAGACUUUGUGGUACCAGUGGAAAUAGACGGCGCGGUUCAUCAAGUGUAUGUGCUUAAGAGGCCGCACGUUGACGAAUUUCUGCGGCGCUGUGGGGAGUUGUAUGAAUGUGUGCUUUUCACCGCAUCGUUGGCUAAAUACGCGGAUCCUGUCGCUGAUCUUCUUGAUAGAUGGGGCGUAUUCCGAGCGCGAUUGUUUCGCGACAGUUGCGUGUUUCACCGAGGUAACUAUGUGAAAGACCUGAACAGUUUAGGCAGAGAUCUGCGACGCGUCGUUAUUGUCGACAAUUCGCCAGCUUCAUACAUAUUCCAUCCUGAUAACGCUGUACCUGUCGCGUCAUGGUUCGACGACAUGACGGAUUCAGAACUAUUGGACUUAAUACCGUUUUUCGAGAAAUUAAGCAAGGUUGACAGUGUUUAUACAGUGCUCCGCAAUUCAAACCAUCCGUACAAUCCCACGCAGAACGCGUCCCCUUCCAUGUAGCGGACAGUGCGUGCGAGCCCGCAGUGCGUGCGCACGUAUACGCUCGAUUGUAUGAACUACGACGAUACGAAGUGCGAAGAAACGUGUUUUCACAGUUACGAAAGCUUGAAGUGCGCAUACGCGUACGAAUCGCACGUACGCGAAUACGAUACGCGUAUAACCCAAGGCUUGAAGGAAACACGUAUACACCAGUCGCGUGUCUACCACCCGUGUCCCACCGAUCGCGAUUUAGCCAACACACAGACGCACAGGCCGUUUAUAGCGUUCAUACAAACGAUAAUUAACAAAGGAGCGAACUUCGUCUUAAGUGCCAAUUUUGCCUUCUGGAUAGUAAGGACUUUGUUUGUACCUAUUUUACAGUUUAGGUAUUUCUUAGUACGUAAGUGGUCGGUGUGAUUUCACGGCUUGCGACGAAUCCCCGCUGUAGGAAUAUCGAUUUUAUCUUUUUAUAUCGUGCUUGGGAUCAAAUAUGAGUAAGUUUCACCCUCAUUGUAUAUAGGGUGUUCAAAAAUCGGGGUUAUAAUUUUGCAGUAAUAAGGCAAUAAUUUUGUUUCAAUACAUUUUAAUAAUAUCAUAGAACACGACUAUAUGUUUGACUUUGAUUUACGCCAGUACCACACCUUUAUAUAACUUAUUUUAUUAACUCGAAUUUUAUUUAUUUAAUUAUUGCCACAGACGAUCGAUUUGUGUAAAACAUUGUAAUAAUUCGUGUUUAUUUCCUUUUACGUAUAGCCGGAUCAAAGAAUCGUGUUUGGGACACCCUGUAUACAAUAAUGUUACGAAUUUUCACGAUUCGACUGUUAUUGUAAGUCAUACAUGUAAAUAACAUUUAAAAUCUUAAUAGCUUACGGUACAUUGUAUUGUGUAAAUAAGCAAUAGAUUAAAAUUCAAGUAUCAAGAUUUUUGCACAGAUAAGACCAAAAUUACAUUAUCAUAAGGAAUUUUCUCGUAAGAAUUAUUACUUAUUUUACUGCGUAGUAAAAUGACUGUGUUUUGCACUGAAAUCAACGGAUUUUGAUCAUUUUCCGCGCUAAAAAUUCCAAUUUAAUUAAUAAUAUGUAGGUAUUAUGAUAAUGUAAUGUUGGUCAUGAUUUGCACAAAAGCAUUAAUGUGAUCGCAAUACUUUUUUUCAUAUUUUUCUUGACAAUAAUGUGAAUAUCGGUGUCAUGUUUUAAUGUUAGAAUAAAUCAUGAAGUCAUAGAACGGGUGAAUUUACGUCUUAGAUUCUUUAAAUGAGAACGGAUGCCGUCUCUCUCUAUACUGUAACUUAGAGUGGGACGGCAGACCUUUUAAAUUUUUAUCUAAAUAGAUUUUAUACCUUUCAAAGCUUAACAUUUUAUGUAAACAACGUAAAAUAUUAACACAGUAUUAACUAGAUAAGAAUUCGAUGCCAUGAAAUAAAGAACCGUACGGUUUAAAUAUAUUUUUACACAAUAUAAGAGAGAAUAAACGUCGAGUUUUCGCUUUUUACAAUAUAUAAAAUCAUUCUAUAAAGCAUCCUAAUGGUUGUCGUGAAACGCACGAAUCGAAUUCCCAAGAGAUUGGCGAAAUUUCUAAUAAUCCCUAAGUAAGAUUUGAUAAGUGUGAAUUUGAUGGUGCUUGCAGUAUUAUUAGGCAACGUGUGUUUCGAUUAACGCACAUUUGGCACUAAAUUUAAAACAGCAGUUUUCUUAAAUGUCGCGUGAAUUAUUUAUUAUAUUUUUAUUUUGCUUAGCAAAUCAUGAUUUAUCGUUUGAGCAAUAUAUUUCUGUAGAUGUAAAUAAGAUUUUUUUAUUUUAUCGUUUUUAGAACGGUUUUGACGAUUCAUUUACUAAUUUAUGUAAAUGUUUGUUAUUUAGUGACUACGGUGUAUGUAUAUACCCUUUAUACUAGGUUCUAUGUGUAGUUUGUAACCUUUUAACAUAUACAGUGACCUGUAAUCCAUAUUUUUAUUUGCCUUAAAGCGUUUAGAACUUAAGGCAUUUUUCAGAUGCACUAAUCCAAUACGUGAACGUUUAUCGUAGAUUAAUACGAACGUAAAAAAAAUAAGCACAAAAGUCGUAUCUAUGCGUAUACGUUAUUAUACGCGUACACGCAUUUUAAAUUUGUCUCUAAGUAGUAUGUCAGUCUUCAUCAUAUAUAUGUACUUUUGCUAUUUACAUCAUAAAGUGUGACAAUAUGAUCUAAAUAGCAAAUUUAAAUAUAUUUGCGGUCGAUUAAAAUAUUAGAAACAUAGACCCUUCAUUACUACUUAAAUUUAGUCUACCCACCCGAAAUUUGAAUUAAUAUGUGACUAAAAGUUUAAUUGAUAAUUACUUAAAAUGCAGAAUUAUUCGGUAUUGCAAUACGUUUCAAUACGAGACUGUUUGUUUAGGCGACGUCACUGGCAGAUGGAAAGAGCGUUUUUGAGUUAGUCACCUAGAGUGACUUUUUUAAAAACAACGCUUUUCAAUAUCUCUUGACACGGCCGGCGUGUUUUGAAAUCCCUUAAGCUACGAGUUCCUAGAAAAGCGGUGCCGUUAUCUAACUACCGUAAUGUAACGUUGGGUGACGUCACCCAUACGUUGUCUAUAAAUAACAUCGGAGUAGGUUUUCUAGAGAACGUUGAGUGUCACCGUAACGUCAAAUAGCAGUGCUGUCAUUUGCAUGACGGCAGUCAUAGCGGUGAUAAACAGAAGUUCAACGUGUUUCGAGUGUAGCGGUGCGCAUAUUUAAUUAAUGCAAUGACUUGGACGAGCGAAAAUAAUGAACAAUUAAUUGAUUUUGUUAAAAAUUAUGAAGCUUUGUACAAUAUCAAAUCCAAAGAGUACAGACAAGCUCAGGUGAAGCAAAAUUUGUGGAACGAAAUUGGAAUAACACUUCAAAAAACGGUCGCACAGCUUUCUAGGAAACCGUAGCUUUGGGCGCAAAGCUAGCCGGGUGCCAGUGCGUUCUAGCCUUACAUCUAGCCUUACAACCGUUAUACAACAUAGCAACGAGCAUUACUGAAAGAAUUGAAAAAAUGUUGUUUAUAUGGCUUCGCGUUUUAUAUGUCGCAUCUCAGUGCUUUUUGAAUUUUUUAACCGAUAUCACUGCGUCUUAUAGCGAAUCGGCCGUCCUAAUAUACGAUAUGUGUACGAGUGUACUCUGAUAUGGCGACGCAUUUAAGUGCCUCACUUCAAACAAUGGGGGACUUCGUUUAUCCUAUUGCGGUUAUACCAUUACGUGAAUUAUGCA